UGUUCGUGAUUAAAGUAACGCAAGUCUAAAUGUGUUAACGGUAAUAUUUCAUUAAAUUCGAUUUUCACGAAAAAUUCCUCGCAAUCGUAUUUCAUUCGAAGAUAACCGCCAUUUUGUUAAAAUUAUAUAUUAUCGAAAUUUGCGUAGUAUUGCAUUUUUCAGAGGUUUUUAAAUAAACAAAUUGUAAUUUUUUAUCGUUCGUUCUGUACCUACCGGCAUCGAACGAAGUUGGUAACCAGAAUUCCUACUCGAGCGCACGCGCUACGACCGUUGGACGAUAACGCCAUCAUGGCGAAGCCGCGCGCCACACUGUAGUUUGGUAGCUCGGCCUCGAGAUGGAAUUCGCUCCGAGACGAGCUCGCUUAGCCGUCAAAACUAGCAGAAACCACACGUCGCGCGAUGCACAGCGCAUUAAAAUCGCGUAAAUUAAAAUCAGAUCAGUUUUUUUUGUAAUCCACACAGUGCAUUGUACGAGGCGCGAUCCGAGCGCGUAUCGUUGUUUUUGCUGCCAACGCGAAGAGUCGCAAGUGUUUAUGCGUGCUUGUGAGCGACACGUCGCAAAUUUCGUUCGCAAAAAUGUAUUGGUGACAUAAAGUUAUUCUCGUUCUGUGUGCAUUUUCUCGCGUCCAUUAACACCGGAGGUCCUCGUCUACGCUCGGCGCAUCUGUUUUUUAUGGUUUUAAGUCGCAAGCGCAGCAGUUACGUAUGAGACGCGAACACCGCUUCUUCGAAAAGUCCGUUCGUGCGUGCGAGACACAGUAUAGAUAGAGAAUCGAGAAACGAGGGCCUCCUCAAGUAAGCAGCGUAUAAAAAAAAACGAGUCGAGGUCCCGGGAGUGGAGUGCAUAAAUAAAGUGAGCAAUUAAGAGGGAAAGACUAUGCAUAAUCCAAAUGAUCCGAACCAGGAGCAGCAGCAGCGGCAGCUGGGGCCGCAGCCGCCGCCGCCACAGGAAGGUGAGCGGAACAACAGGGGUACAGGCCGCCCCCUGCCGGCCCUGCGCUCGAUUCACAAUCACCACAGCUCGUUCGUGCGGUUCGUAAAUCGUAGCAGUUUUUCGGUCUCCAUUUACUGGAUUGAUUAUCAAGGAGAGCUCGUGCGCUACCGAACUCUUCCCAGUCGCGAUCACAUCGACAUCAACACCUUCGUCACGCACCCCUGGAUAUUCGUCAACGAGCAAACCCAAGACAGAUUACUAGGCGCCGGCCAGCGGAUAUACUACCCGGAGGCCUGGUGGGUCAGGUACCAGGGCAGGGAUCACUCGGAGCUGCCGAACCGAAUCAAUCGCACCGUCGUCCCCAUCACCAUGCCGUUGCUGUCGCUGCGCGGCUGGGCCCUGAGGACGAUCAAGCUGCAGCUCGAGCGCGACGAGCACGCCUACUCGCUUGAUCUGCCGAGGAUACUGCAGGAGGAGCUGUACAAUCAGGCGCCGCGUAAGCCCAUCUUGGGGCCUCGAGACUCCAUCAGACGGGCUCCGAGCAGACAGGUUAGCAGUAGCAGCGGGAGUAGCAACAGCGGAAACGGCAACGGCGGCGAUCGCCAAUGAUCCACGAAUGAACGGGGCAGGGUGGGGAAUGCAAUUGUUACGCGAUAUUAUAUGUAUAGAACAAUUUUUUAAUGUUUUGAUACAACGAUGGAUUUCUGACAAAGCCGUUGAUUACAGAUUUAUAUACGUAAUUUAUUAUAACUUUCCGACCUUUUAGAAAUCUUUACAAUUGCUAGAAGGCGCGGAAUUUAGCUCUACGUAAACCUUUGUGCUAUACAAUAAGUUUAACGUAUUAACCCAUUUGAUUUUUCUAUUUGCCAAAAUGAAAUCAACUAUAACGAGCUAACUCGGAGAUUUUGAUAAAACCACGUUUAUUUUUGUAAAUAACUGAAUUAUUAACAUGUUCGUUUGAUGUGCUCGCAGUACGAUGUAAGUUAUUUUUUAAGGGCAUUACUAUACAUAUUGACGCAAACAUGUUGUUGGAUAUUAAUUUACCCAUUUGUAUGUAUUAAUUAUUUGCCAGUAAUAAUUAAAUUAUUUAAAAAAA